AAUUUCUGGAUCCGCCACUGUUCAUGGGCUCCUUGUUUUUCUGUAAUCAACAGACGAGGCUCGAGGGAUUAUCUUCAAACAAGGCCGGACAGUUCGCAGUUGUGAUAGAGAUUUACGAAGUGGCGCCGUCUCUUUUCAUGGUAGACGUCAGAAAAGCCGCCGGUGAAACUCUCGAAUACCACAAGUUCUACAAGAACUUCUGUGCUAAACUUGUAAACAUUAUAUGGAGACCGACGGAAUCAACGCCAAGCUCAGACCUACUAAGAACAAUGACUUGCUAAACCUUGUCAUUAUCCCGAUACACGGUUCUGACCGAGACCUCGGUUAUGUGUAUUUUCGCUCCACGGGCUCUCGUGUUUAAUACCCUUCUCAGCUACCCGACGUCGAUUUCAAGUAAGUAAUGUAUAAAUGAUCUCUCUCCUAUUCAGAGUUCUUCGCCGUUUUAGGGUACAAAUGACAAUAAAGAAAAAGGGUUAUUUCCAGAGAUUGGGUGGUGUGUGUGUGUUUGUGUUUUGAAAUGAUUCGAAGAAAUGGUUUAAAAGACGAUUGUUUCACGUUUCGUUGAUGGAUUCAGCUGCUAACUGUGCAGUACGACUUGUUCUGUCCUGUGAGAGAGAGAUAACGCGGUUGUGAUGCAGCGAUCAGAAAACGUGGUUAUAAAUGUGGUUUAAACGCGACAAAAGAUUGUGGUUGUCGGUUGCGAUUGUAUUGGUCCGCACAUCUAUUAAUUUACAUAUGUGAGUAUGAA